UGCUGUCCCAACGCUUACACCCCCUGGACCGCCCCGCUGGGGGGCGCAACGCCGUGGUACAGCUCCGUGGCCGUGCCGGCGACCCCGACGCCGCCCCCAACCGCGACACCGCUCCCCUCUACAAUCCCCGCCAAAAGCAGCCGUCAACACCGAACGUACAGACCCACGGUGACGGUCACAGUCACACUCUCCGCCAUGCAGUACGCCGUCCAGCCCGAGGGAACUCCCAUGUCUCCCGGCUGGAUCGCCGGCACUGCCGUUGGCUGUGCCCUUGCCGUCGGUGCCCUCAUCGGAGCGGGCAGGUGCUGUCUGAGGUGGAAGCGGAAGCACCGCGAGCAGGGCCAGCGAGGGCCAAACCACCAUAGCGCCCCCUUUGGAUUCGAUCCGGGCAGCUCCGAACUGCCCACGACCACAGUGUCUUGGUUGUUCCGCGAUUCGACCCCGCCAGAGGCCAACAACAGAAAAUUUGGGUUUCUGGGAGGGCUGAACGGCAACCAGCGGGACAGGCAGGACUCCCUCUACAUCAAUCUGAGGGACGUGGCUGAGGCCGCACGCGUGAAGCGGUCGGCUGCCCGAGAAGCGUACCCGCUCGAGCCCAUCCAGGCAUUCUCGGCGUCGGACAUCCCAAGCACCGGCCAGGCUAGCCAAGGCGAACCAUUGCCGGGCGAGUCAUCCAACAGCGCCACCAACGGCACGACCACCCCGGCCCCAGUGCACGCCAAGCCCGAGCACUUGUCGUGGGACGCGGUGAUGCACGGGGCGCUGAUGCCGUCCAGUAAAGCCCUGACAACCGCCCUCCCCGAGCACUGGUUGUUACCGGGCGGGAGUAGCAGCAACCCAGGCAGUUCUAGCGGCGACGGCGGGGGCGGUGCCACUGCAACCACCAGCGCUCCAAGCAUCAGUUACCCGCCGGACGAGCCGCCCAUCUUCAACGCCAUGUCGAGGCAUGGUCGCUUGCCUACGUGGCUGGACGGGCCCCCUCGUCGGAGUCGUCGUCCUGCCGCGCAGCCCGCGCCCGCGCCGGCACCGACGCCACCAGAUCCGCCGCUCCGGGAUCACUACCUGCGGCCGCCGCCAAGGCCCGCGCCCGCCACUUCGUCGAAGGAGCAGCGGCGGCAGCAGAAGGCAAUUGCCCGGCAGCAGCGCAUUAUGGCGCGGCCUAGGGCGGCAUACGAGUACCAAGGGGGUAACAUGGUGUUUGGGGAGCCGCUGUAGCUGCCUGGUGGACUUGGGGCAGGAUAUGCUGGGCUAACGUGGGUUAAGCACGUUGGAAUGCGCUAAACUGAGGUCGGGCUGAAGUUGGGGGGCUUGAAGAGGGGUGCUCGAAGGGUGUUUCAAGGGGUGUUCUACAGCAUGGGGCUUCACUUGGGAAUAGGGUUGGAUUGUGGGGAAUGGAAAGGGCGUGGCGUCAUGCUGUAUCAGCUGACUUUUAUUCCUCGAGAUUAGAGAUGCAUACUAAGAGCGUGUGAAGAACGUUGUGUAAGACAGUGUAAAAAUAAGGCAAAAGGGGAUGCACCAGAUAAAGCAGAGGAACAAAAAGGGGAGAGAGGGGGGGAUGCGAAAGAUGAUGAUAGGGAAAUCAUGGAUCCUGAACGAGAAACGGCAUGAUUAAGAUUAUUGGCUUUGUUAAUAUUAAGGUAACUUAUUGUCUUCUAAGUAAUCCUUAGUUUUAAAAGAC